GGCGGUUGGCGGCGCACAUACUAAAAUAAAGGAGGUGAAAAGCAAAGAAGAAUCGGUGUUCAUUCACAGACUCAAAGAUAUGGAAAUAAUAUCGAAAACCUCUUUCUUGAAAAAGUGAUUCUGGCUUCCUGUCUCAUGCUGCCGAUUUAUCCCGAGGCACCAGUGAGGUGUUGCAGUAGCAGCGGCGGCGAGGUAGAGGAACGGUUCGCUACAGCUAGCUAGAUGCCUAUACAGAGGAAGGCGCAGUCUCUUGCAGUACAGGCCAACUACAUUUUUAUUUGAAGCAACCUUUUCAUAAAGGUUACCUUUUUACUGUGCAGUUGUACGACACUACUCGUUCAUUCUCUUAAAAAGACUGGAUAGUCAGUGUGAAGGGUUAUCUUGCUUUUCUUCUGUGGAUGCAGCGACGCAGGCCCGUUUCAGAAACGCUGUUAGCAAGCUAAUACAAUCAGAAAACAGUAUUCACACCAAUGCAGGUCCGAAAACGAAAUGAGACGGAAGCUUUAAUAUUUCAUUAAAAAAUAUUUGGGCAGUCUCGCCGUGUUGACAUGAGAGUCUGACGAAUUGGCAUAUCUGUCUCAAGACUGCAAUUUUGUUUACAUUUUGUUCGCAAUAUUAUUGUCCUGAGAUUUGGACAGAUUUUCUCCACAGCUGACAGGAGUACAGUCUUCUUACACAGAAAUAUUUCUUCAAAGUCCUUACGUGAUUAGCUUGCAGACUACAAACGGGAUAUGUUCACGACUGAAGACCGUGGAUCAGAAUGACUGAAAGACUAUCUAAAUCAGAGGUGCCCGUGGUCCAGAUGCUCCUUCUGCCCAUUAAAAUCACCAUGGUUUGACAGUUAAUCAUAUGGUUGCUGCAAUGAGAUAAUAGAGCUGCCUGUUCAAGACAACCUUGACGCUUGUCCAUCCACACACUCUCUUACAAUAGACGAACAUGACAACGCCGGCUCUUCUGCCCCUCUCGGGGCGUAGGAUACCAACUCUCUCGCCAGGCGCCUCAUCGUUCCCCCACCACAGAGCCACCUUGCGACUUUCCGAGAAGUUCAUCCUCCUCCUCAUCCUCAGUGCCUUCAUCACCCUAUGCUUCGGAGCAUUCUUCUUUCUUCCGGACAACUCCAAACACAAGCGUUUUGAUCUGGGCUUGGAGGACGUGCUAAUACCGCAUAUUGAGUCUGGGAAAGAGGGGAGGCAUAAUGGAGGACAGGUUAUCAUACAUGGACAAGGAGGGCAUGAUGAGCAUAGACACAGGGAGGAGGAGGAGAGCCUGCGAGAUAAGAUCCGGGCGGACCACGAGCGUGCUCUUCAGGAGGCCAAGGAAAAGCUCCGUAAAUCCAAAGAGGAGCUGAGGGCCGAGAUUCAGACCGAGAAGGUCAAGGUGGCCGAGGACCUGAAGAAGAAGGAGGGGCCCAAACCCUUGCCCCCGGUGCCUAUGCCCAAACUGGUGGGGGUCAACGACGGCGACCCUGGAGACCCAGACGUGAAGGAGAAGCGAGACAAGAUCAGGGAGAUGAUGAAACACGCGUGGGACAGCUACAGACAGUAUGGCUGGGGGCACAAUGAGCUCAAACCCAUCGCCAAGAAAGGACAUUCCACCAAUAUCUUCGGUAAUUCCCAGAUGGGGGCCACUAUAGUUGAUGCCCUGGACACACUCUACAUCAUGGGCCUUCAUGAUGAGUUUAAGGAUGGUCAGGAGUGGAUCGAACAGAACCUGGACUUCAGUGUGAACGCAGAGGUCUCUGUCUUUGAGGUCAAUAUCCGUUUCAUUGGUGGACUGCUGGCUGCCUACUACCUAUCUGGACAGGAGGUCUUUAAGGUGAAGGCGGUCCAGCUGGCGGAGAAGUUGCUUCCUGCCUUUAACACUCCCACAGGAAUCCCCUGGGCCAUGGUCAACCUGAAGAGUGGCGUGGGGCGGAACUGGGGCUGGGCGUCGGCCGGCAGCAGCAUCCUGGCAGAGUUCGGCACCCUUCACAUGGAGUUUGUGCACCUCACAUAUCUGACAGGCAACCCCGCCUACUACCAGAAGGUCAUGCACAUACGGAAGCUCCUGGCCAAAAUGGAUCGCCCGAACGGCCUCUACCCCAACUACCUGAACCCUCGCACGGGACGCUGGGGCCAACAUCACACCUCCGUGGGCGGACUAGGGGACAGCUUCUAUGAAUACCUGUUGAAAGCUUGGCUCAUGUCAGACAAAACAGACACAGAGGCGCGCAAAACGUAUGACGACGCUAUCGAGGCUAUUGAACGUCACCUCAUUCGCAAGUCCAGCGGUGGCCUGACUUUCAUCGGAGAGUGGAAAAACGGUCACCUGGAGAGGAAAAUGGGUCACCUCACAUGUUUUGCUGGAGGCAUGUUUGCCCUAGGGGCUGACGGGUCACCGGACGACAAAGCCGGUCACUACCUUCAGCUGGGCGCUGAGAUCGCCCACACCUGUCACGAGAGCUACGACCGCACAGUGCUGAAACUGGGUCCAGAGGCUUUUAAGUUUGACAGUGGACUUGAGGCUGUGGCUGUGCGGCAGAAUGAGAAAUACUACAUCCUCAGGCCAGAGGUGAUCGAGACCUACUGGUACAUGUGGAGGUUCACACACGACCCCAAAUACAGGCAGUGGGGUUGGGAGGCUGCACAGGCCAUAGAUAAACACUGCCGUGUGAGCGGGGGCUUCUCCGGAGUUAAAGACGUCUAUUCGUCCAAUCCCACCUACGACGACGUCCAGCAGAGCUUCUUCCUGGCAGAGACCCUCAAGUAUCUGUAUCUGCUGUUCUCCAGUGACGAGCUCUUGCCUCUGGAGAGCUGGGUGUUUAACACGGAGGCGCACCCUCUGCCCGUACUGCACCUGGGCAACAUCACCCUGCCUGGCAGCGAGACUCAGCGGUAA